GAAAAAAACCUGUGGCACUUCACAAAGCAUAUGGCUCCCAGGAGGAGGACCGGGCUGCUCCAGAACGCUGUGUUUGUAUUGUCGAGCGAGGGCACUGCCAAUCCCCGCGGGUACCUCCUCCUGCGCCGGGGAGCUUCGGAAGUUGUGAAUUCGAGGGAUCGAGCUAGGAAAACAAAGAACAUAUGUGUGCUGAGCGCCUGGCUGGCUGGGAGAGCAAACGCUGCCGCGGCGAGAAGCAGGGAGCUGAGCGGAGCGCUGGAGGCAAGGGCUGCGGCUGGGCAGGGCCCCACGCUGGCCCUCUGCCCCGGGCAGCUGCCGAGGGGGGAGAGGGAAGCCUUGGUCAGCGCCGGAGCUGGGGAGCUUCUCUUCUGGCAGUGCUGGCAAAAGACAAGCAGGCAGCCAGCAACAUGGCUCCUGCCCUGUCCCUGGGCUGUGCAGCCAUGGAGGCAGCACUCAUCUUCCUGUGCUCCCUGAUGGUGCCAGCAGCCCUGGCAGACGUGGCCACCCAGGAGAAGGAGGAGGAGGACCCCUUCAACUACGAUUACCAGAGCCUGAGGAUCGGGGGCCUGGUUUUUGCCGUGAUCCUGUUCACCGUUGGCAUUCUGCUCAUACUCAGCAGGAGGUGCAGGUGCAGUUUCAACCAGAAGCCCAGAGCUCCAGGGGAUGAGGAGGCUCAAGCUGAGAACCUGAUCACCUCUAACGCAACAGGGGCACAGAAAGCAGAGAACUUAAUGAGGUUUGCCUCCCAAUUAAUGUGCCCUCCCCGGGGUGCCCCCUGCCAGAGCCAGAGCCACGGCGCGCCGGACACCAUGGGUGACGAGCAAGCACCAGGGCAGGGCUUGGACAGGUUCAGCUACGACUAUGAGACCAUCCGCAACGGGGGCCUGAUCUUCGCCGUCGUGGCUUUUGUGGUCGGGCUCCUCAUCAUCCUCAGCCAGCGGUUCCACUGCGGAGGGAAGAAGAGGAGACAGGACACCAACGAGGACCUGUAGCUGCAGAGCUGCCAUGGGAGCUGAGCUUCAUCCCAAGAGAAGGAGUCCUUGCCAAGAGCCACCCCUUGCCCCGCUCCAGUGGAUCCAUUGCCCUGCUCCCCCCCGGCAAGGCC